UAGCUUAAGUUUAGGGCAAGGCUUUGGGUUAGUAACUAGGUACGUGAAGACAGUGAUUAACUGACUUAAAUUUGAAUAAUCUUUUAAUGUGUUACAUUUGAAUUCUUCAAUGUUCUUAGUGCCAUGAGAACUUCGUGUAAAAAACGACUACUCGUGGAAUUAUUAUUUCAAUUUUAUUGACUACUCUGGGAACGUACAGCUGUCUUACUAGUUGAAGUUAUUCCUACUCUUAGAAAUUAGAAUCCUAGUCCUAUAGCUUCAGCUGCAGUGACUCCUCUUGUAUGUGCAUUUGCAUUACUCCUCCACGACUUACUUAUUUAGUUAUACCGAGUCUUGAAUAAUAAUAUCAACAAGGUUGAAAUUAAGCACCCGUGAAUGAAUUGGUUUAGGUAAGACUAAGAAGCCCAUCUUUUCAUUGCAUUAGAUAAAUAUUUUUACGAUUGUUCCUUGAAUUUAACUAAUACUAGUAGUAAUAUUGAGUGAAUAAACUACAGUAACAACUAGGCAAUGACUCGUAUGAAACUGAAGACUAAAUUAAGUGUAGCAAAAAAACAUAAAUACAUGACACAUAGAUAUGAUCUAAUGAUAAAAUAUUUUCGGAAGUGAUAUUCCUAGUGAAGACCUAUACCAGACACACUUUUUUUUAAAGAAAAGGAGAAGAAUGUUAUUUUUAUUUUCCAUCUAUUGUGAUUUGUUAUAAUAUGAAAUAGCUCAUUUGGAUGUAUAACAAAAUAAUGUCAGCUAAAGGAGAAAAGACAGAUUUGUCUCGCCCUCGAGGUGGAAAGCUAGCCAAACGAGCUCGGUCAUUUAAGGAGGAUAUAAUUGGUAAAAUUGCUCAAAAGCGUGGUCCCCUGUCACCAGGGAAAGCUUCUAAAUUAAAGGGAAAAGUUAUUGAAGGAGAUUCAGAAACUGAAGAAGUUGGGAAAAGUCGAACAGGAAAUGAAAUUGAAGACUUACACACUGAUGUUCAGGACUUAAGAACUGCCCUACGAUUCAUUCAAGAAGUUGUUGAAAAAGAAAAAACUGUAGAAGUUUUGCCAGGUUGUGCCAAUUUGGUUUUAGAAACUGUUUUUAACAUUCAAUCGUCAUUGAAAAGGGUGCUAAAUAAUGAUCAGAGUUCGCUAGUGCUAUCUUCAUUCAGUCAGGUUUAUCAAACCCUGGCUAAUUUAAUCAAGUGGUCUGAUAAUGCUCUACAUGUUACUAACAAUUCUGAUACAACUAUUGUAAGUAAUGUUUAUGAAAUUAUCCAGCAAUUACAAGAAGCGGUAGAAGCUCUGGUACAACUUUUUAUGAAUAGAGUAAAAAAUAAAGAUAAGUUAAGCCCUGGUUUGACAAGUUCUGUUCAAGAGUCAAUUACAGUAAAACCAGAUAGCCCUCAGAGAAAUUCCUUGCCAGAUAUUCCGUUGACACCUCGUGAACGAGAGAUUUUAGAAAAAACUAAGUUCGCAGAGUUACAUCAAAACAGUCAGUCUUUAGAAACUAAACGUCUACAUCAUUCAGCAUCUUCUGAUAGUAUACUGAAUUCUGAUACUCAGAAAGUGAAAGAAGAAAACAUCCCACCUCCUAAACCCCCUCUUCCUUCAAAGAAAGAUUUAAAUUUACAUUAUUUGUUUAAAGCAGGAUUAUCGGAACCAGCACCUCCAAUUCCUCCGAAGAAACGUAAUGUAAAUGGCCCAAUGGCUUGUUCACAGAUAGAUUCUGGAGACUCUUCCAGAAGUCCUCAUGAUGUACAGAAUAUCUGGAGUUAUACAUCUGGUAACUUUUCAAAUUAUAUAGCUUCUUCGGUAGUUAGGACUGAUGCCACAUCAGUAGGCUUUCCUCAUUGGAAUAGCCCUUAUGAUUUCUUUUCAUCAACACCUGUCAGUAAAUCUCUGGGUAGCAGUGUGGAUUCAAAUUUGGAUUAUUCAACUGAUGACUUGCAAACAAUGAGCACACCAAAAGGUUUUCUGUUCAACCAGAAAAACCAAGAAGUGAGUAUUCAUCAGUUAGGAUUUUCUCAUACUGAAAGCUACAGAAAUCUUUCAGCAAGUGUUAGGUCCCCAGUAUCAACUGAUUUGGGAAGGAUGGUAGAAUCGUGUGUUAGCCACUUCUCAAAAGAAAGUAAACAGACAAAUCUGAUAAUCACUUCAGGAAUGGGAUCAGAAAACACCAGUCCUGAACAUCCUCCUGCCCUCCCAGCUAAACAGAGAGUGGCUCCAAGAACUCGGAGACCUUCUCAAUAUGAUAACGUACCAACAUAUACUUUUUUACUGGCUGAAACAAAUGGCUUUGGAAUGGUGGGUACCUCAGUAUGUUCUCGAGGUCACAGUCCUCAGCCAGUUUUGGAACAUCAGAGUUGGGUGGAUGGUAGUCAUGAUCCGACAUGUCCUAUUCAUAGUACCAGACAUACCCCAGAAGUUGGAGAUCCACCACCAUUACCUAUGAAAAAGAAAAACAUUAUGGCAUAUAUGCAAACACUGUCAUACCAACCAGAUGAAGGAGAUAUCUUAUGCCACUCACAAUUUACCUUUCAUGCAAUGGAGACAAGAUUACAACAACAAAACUUUAUUCUGACCCAACCACAGUCCUCCAUAACUGCUCGGGUGUCCAGUUCUGAAGACUCUGUGAUCUCAGAUGGUCAGAGCAGUCUAAGUAGUUUAGAAAGGAGCUUUGGAGAUGAAGAACAGCCAGCUUCUCCUGCUACUACACCACCAGCUUUGCCUCCUAAAAAGGGCAAGACACAGGUACCAAUACAGAAAGAAAACUCCCAGACACAGCUUUCAGAAUUGGACACUGAAAAUGCUUCAAGUAAAGAUGAGGAUAAAAUUUCAUCCCCAAUGGAAAAAGAGAGUGAACAGAUAAAAUCACCAACACCAAGUGUAAAAGAAACUGAAAACAGUCCACUAGAUGAACAGGAGGUUACCCAGUAUUUAAUAUGGAAGAAACCUAAUGAAGAAGGUCCAGAGGUUCGGGGUGGUCCAAUAGAUGCUAUCAUUGUUCAGGCUGCAAAAGCAGGUAAAAAAGACUUCCUUUAUCAGGAAGCUUUUCUUACAACAUACCGCACAAUUCUUUCCCCCAUGGAGCUGAUCAAUAAACUUUUGUACAGAUUUAAUAAAUUUAUUCACCUGAAUGAUUCAAAACAGCGAGCUGCUCGAAAUGUGUUUUCUCUGUUGGUGCGCGUUGCUGACGAUUUGUGUGUGAGCGAUAUUGAGCAUGGUGUUUUUCAAAAACUUUUAGAUUUUAUUUAUCAAUUGGUGAGUAGUGGAGAAUUAACAUUUGCCAGAGUUCUUCGAAAAACGGUAGUGGAGAAGUGUGAGGCUCAUCGUUUUUCUCAACAGAGUUUACAGAUCCUUCUGACUUCCUUAAAUGUGCAUACUUGUCAGGCAUCAUUACUUGACUUCAAGUCAGAAGUCUUAGCAGAACAGAUGACAUUAUUAGAUGCUGAACUUUUUCAAAAGAUUGAAAUUCCAGAAGUGCUAUUAUGGGUCAAGGAACAAAAAGAAGACUUGAGUCCAAAUUUAACUUCCUUCACUGAACAUUUUAACAAGAUGUCCUAUUGGGUGAGGUCCCGCAUCUUGGAACAGAAUGAUGCUCGAGAUAGAGAAAAAUACGUCACUCGUUUCAUUAAAAUACUCAAACAUCUUCGUAAACUGAACAACUUUAAUUCUUAUCUUGCAGUACUCUCUGCACUUGACUCGGCACCAAUACGCCGCUUAGAAUGGCAGAAAAAUAUUACCGAGGGCCUGAAAGAGUACUGUGCUCUGAUUGAUAGUUCUUCUUCCUUCCGAGCUUAUCGUCAAGCUCUAGCGGAGACGGAGCCUCCCUGCAUACCUUACAUUGGCCUGAUUCUACAGGACUUAACCUUCGUCCACAUAGGAAACAAUGAUUUCCUUCCCGAUGGUAACGUCAACUUUUCGAAGCGCUGGCAACAAUUCAACAUCCUCGAGAACAUGAGACGAUUUAGGAAAGCUCACUAUCCUUUCAAGAGGAAUGAACAAGUUAUCUCCUUUUUCAACAGGUUUGACGAGUAUUUGUGUGAAGAAUCCAUGUGGCAAAUCUCGGAAACUAUCAAACCACGAGGUGGUAAAAAGUGUUGAAUGAAUUGAAAGUUUUAACCCUAACUUAUAUUUUACUCUAAAUCCUCAUGCAUCGGUACCUCAUUAUGUAGCUUCUGUUAAAAGUUAUUAAAGUGUAAACAGCAUCCACUGGUGUACAGUUGUCAAAAUUCCAGUGAAUUUGUGUAUUAUAUGCUUCGGCAAAGUAGUCUUGUGUGUAUAUAUAUAUGCACAUUAUGAAACGUUCUCAUAAGUGAGAUUUAAUUAAUGAUAAUAUAUUUAGUAUAUAUUAAAUAGCUACAUGUGUGUGUGUAUAACUUAUUCUUUAUUAUACCUUGAUAUGCCAAGAUGUUUCAGCAUUUUUUGUGUGGUAGCUAUUUUUGUUUUCAGUGAUUAUGUGAUAAGGUAUAUCUGCCUUAGUGACUCAUAAAAUUUGGUUAGUAAAGUUCCCAACUGAUCUAGGUUUAACAGCUUGCCAAUGCUAGUGCCCUUAGAAUGUUUUGAUAAAAAUAGAUAAUUUUGUGUGUUUUACCUAGAAACAAAAGUAAUAUCUGUCCAAUUUUACAAAGUUAGACAUUUAUCAGUAUUUGAAAUCUAGCUUUUUGCAAUGUUUACAUAUUCACAAAGUUAAAAAAUGUUUGUUUGUUUUGGUAUGAGAGAAAAUUUACUGCAACUCUUAGCUUUAAGAGAGUUUUGAAAGAUCAGCUACACUACAUCUAUUUCAUCAAGGUUCUAUCAGUACUUUGUAAUUCCUAUGUUUCUGCCAAAAGUCACUGAGGUUUCAAAUUAUUUGAGACUUCCAAAGAGAUGUUUUUACUACACCAAAAUAGAAAGUUAAAGAGGAUUUGUGUAUUUGGUACUUCCAAUUUCAAAGCUAAUUAAGAAUUAAUAUUUUGGGUAAUCCUUCUGGAGCUGUUUUAAAGGUAUGUGAGUGAGGCUGAAGAAAAUGUUGUCUGAAGGAUUAUGGGAAGAAGCGUCUUUAGAUUUCCUUUAUAACAUCAAGCAUCAUUUUGGCAUCAUUGAUUAUUUCAUAGAUGUCAUGUGGUGGAGAAAAGGGACCAUUGAAAAAGUUUUUAACUUUUCAAUUGGUUCAGGGCCUGUAGUUUUAUUUCCAUGUCACUCAUCUGGUCAUACAGGUUUUUUUACUUUUUUCAGGACUGAAAUAAAAUUUGACCAGAGUUAAUUUUUUGUGCAUUCUGCCUAGGUACAGAGUAAUACCUGCUUGAAAUUAUACUAGUUUAUUUAUCAUACUUUGAUGCAUGCUGGGAUUCAUGGUCUUUUUUAAUACUUAAUGCAGUAAGUGUACUCAAGUAAAAUGAUAAGACUUCUGCAGGUAUUUAACUGAUUAUACACAACCUGAGCUAACAUAAAUUGGUUUAUUAUAAACAGCCAGUGAUAAGUAUAGAAUGUUUGUUUUGAUAGUAGUGUUACUAUACAUGUACAGCUGAAUUUCAUUGUUAUUUUCUACUGUGUUUAUAUAUAUAAACAUACACUCCUUUUGAAAAGCAUGUAGGUAAGACUCUUCUUUAGAUAUUAUUUUAACUGACCGUUCUACACAAGAAAACAAUGUUGCUAAUAAGUGAACAAAUACAGUGUAAAAUAAUUUUAACCUGAAAUUACCAGUGUGGAUUUCAAACACCUGAAACUGUUUACAGUGUACUAUAUACUCCUGAAACUGUUCACAGUGUACUCUAUACACCUGAAACUGUUCACAGUGUACUC